UGAGUUCAAGAUGACUCGGUUUUGCAAAAUUUCCGUUGUAUCUUACUCGGCCCCAUAACUUUUCUUUAUUUCAGGUUUAAAAAAUGCCAAUCCUUGGUCUCGCACCGUCGUCAGAGCCUCUGAAACCAGCCCAUUUCGAUAUCGAAAAAGUUAUUCGCCCAAACAUCCUAGCCUUACACCCAUACCGAUGUGCUAGAGAUGACUAUCAGAAAGGGAUCCUUCUAGAUGCCAACGAAAACGCUCUCGGACACUCCAUUCCACGCUCUUCGAACCAAAUAUACCCUGAAUUACAAGCUGCAUUAGACCUCAAUCUAAACAGAUACCCCGAUCCCUCGCACGACGAUAUCAAAACUCGUAUAGCAGGUCUGCGCUCGUUGCCCGGGAAGAACCACGUCUUCCUUGGUGUUGGGUCAGAUGAGGUGAUCGAUCUUGUGAUGAGGGUGUGCGUGGCACCAGCAAAGGACAAGAUUUUGAUCACCCCUCCUACCUACGGGAUGUACGCUGUAUGUGCACAAGUCAACGAUAUCGGCAUCGUGCGGUGUAACCUCAAUUUGGACGGAAAUGAAGGAGAGGGCGGGGAACGGGGACGCUUUAGUGUACUGGUGGACGAGGUCAAACGAGCUGUUGUCUCGGAUCCCUCCAUCAAACUUAUAUUCCUCUGCUCUCCAGGAAACCCAACCGGAACUCUGGUCAGCCUAUCAGCAAUCCGAUCUCUGUUGGAUUUCGAGCCAUUCAAGGGUAUUGUGGUCGUUGACGAAGCCUACAUAGACUUUGCGGGAGAAAACGCUAGUGCUGUUUCGCUUGUGAAAGACUACGCCAAUGUUUGUGUUCUGCAAACGUUAAGUAAAAGCUUUGGGCUUGCUGCUAUCCGGUUGGGUAUUGCAAUUGCACAACCACCGCUCAUUCAAAUACUCACAAAUACCAAGGCUCCUUACAACAUAUCGACUCCGACCGCUCACCUGGCUCUUGCUGCUCUAGAAAAAGAUGCCAUUGUGCAAAUGCAUGAGAAAAUCAACACGCUCAUAUCCUCCAGGGGCAAGCUUCUGCAGUCACUAUCCAGCCUUUCUGCGCUAGGGGUGGGUGCGGCUAUUGGUGGCAACGACGCGAACUUUGUGGUGGUUCCAAUAUUGGAUCGCGAGACAAGAGUCCCGGAUAAUAAUCGUUCACAAAGGGUGUACAAGGUGCUAGCGGAAGAGAACGGUAUUGUCGUGAGGUAUAGAGGGGGAGAAGCUGGGUGUGCUGGAUGUCUGCGGAUAACUGUCGGCAGCGAAGAGGAGAACAAGACUGUUAUAGAGAAACUAGAGCAUGUCCUGAACAUAUUCUAGCGGGCGGUGACCAACCCCGCUCGGAAUGCUCGGACGUUUUCACAAGUUACCUCCGCGUUUUCUUCCGCUACAUAUAUAGACUUUGUUCAUAUUUUACUAUCCGGAGGUUUUGGCUUUUACAAAGCUUACUUCCGCUGAGGCUUCC